AGGAGGACAUGCCCGACCUAACCGUACCCCCUCACCCGAAAUUUGGGUCUUCGGGUUCGAUUGCAGUGGUCUCCGCACUGGCUGCCGGCCACCAUGGGGAGCGUGGCGCAGCGCCAGCGCAGCGCCCGCGGCCUCGUGUCCGCGCGGGAGCUGGAGGCAUCGGGCGAGCACGACCUUGCGGAGGCCGGCGCCGCCAGGCUGGGCGGAUCGCUGGAGGAUCAUCGCCCUGCUCGGAGUCGGAGAGCAGCCUGGAGGGCGAGUAUGGGAACAUUUUUCUGCUGCUGGUGCUGUACACGCUGCAGGGCAUCCCUAUGGGCCUGGCCUCCGUGCUGCCGAUGGUCCUCAAGGAGCGCGGGGUGUCUUUCUCAGAGAUCGGCACGUUCUCGAUGAAUUCCUAUCCGUUCAGCCUGAAGAUCCUCUGGGCACCCGUCGUCGAUGCUGCCUUCAUCCCCAGCUUCGGACGGAGGAAGACGUGGAUGGUUCCAGCCCAGCUUCUCAUUGGCGUCGUGAUGCUCAUCCUGUCUUUCAAGCUGGAUGAGCUGUUGUACGUGGAGAAGCCAUGGACCUUGAGUCUCACCGGCGUCUUUUUUCUGCUGCACUUCCUGUGCGCCACGCAGGACAUAGCCGUCGACGGCUGGGCACUCACCAUGCUGCGAAGAGAGAACGUAGGCUACGCGGCAACUUGCAACGCGAUAGGGCAAACACUAGGCUACACCCUCGGGUUCACUGGGUUUAUGGUGCUGGAGCACAGGAAGCUGCUCGACCUGGCCACAUUCAUUUUCUGCUGUGGGCUCUGUUUUCUGGUGGUCACCCUCGCGGUGGCGGUCUUGAAGGCGGAGGCACCGGUCCCACCAGAAGACCAGCCCGAGGACAUCCCCACAGCCUACGGGCAGAUGCUCGACAUCUUGAAGCUGCGGGCCAUCCGUUCCACCGCUGUGUUGCUCUUCACGUGGAAGGUCGCGUUCGCCAUCGAGAGCCUGGCGCCGCUGAAGUUCCAGGAGUACGGCGUGCCGAAGGAGCACCUGGCGUUCGUGACCAGCACCAUCAUGCCCCUACGUCCUGCUGCCUGCGGUCGUGGCGAAGCUGACUUCGAGCGGUGCGCCCCUGGAUUUGGCCCUGCGGGUCUACCCCCUGCGCGUGGUCGUCGUGGCCCUCACCACCGGCCUCGUGUGCAGCACGCCCGCGGUGAUGGACCCCGUCCCGUGGGGCUUCUACGCCCUCAUGCUGCUGGUCACGGCGCUGGGGGUCAUCUGGGAGCCAGUGCAUGUUUGUGUCGCAGAUGGCUUUCUUCGCCCGGGUCAGCGACCCGGCCAUGGGCGGCACGUGCCCAUGGGACCGGGCUUCGUGGCAUAAGCGCACCUCUCAGCGAACAAAAAUCACGACCGGGUCGCUCGACACAUAAUCUUUCUGCGGCGUCGCUCGAGGGGCCCGUGGGGCCCGAAGGCGGGCGCAAGACAACGGUCGUGAGCCUUGUUCGAGGCGCCUGGAUCUGAAGGUACAUGACGUUGCUCAACACGCUGGGGAACCUGGGCGGCAUGUGGCCGCCCACCGUUGCCCUCAAGCUGGUCGACCUCCUCACGUGCUCGGACGACGCUUGCCUGGUGAAGGUCGACGGGUUCUUCGUGAUGGCGGGGAUCUGCUGCGUGGCUGGUGC